UAUCCUUCGACGAGUUGGGGGCCGAUCGAUUCUAGGCUUUAACCUUUGGAUUGUGCGAGAGUGCGAGAGUCAAAUCAUGUGUGGGGAUCGUCAGCUGCGGCUUAGCAUGAAGCAACAUAACGAAGAUCCAAGACUCGUGUGUGUCAUAGUCUAGACCAUGGCCCCUGUCAGCGACAUUACCAACCAUCUGUGUGGUCUCCAUGGCUCAAGCAAGAGGUCAUUAAAUAUCCGGCAGCCCGCGAUGACAAGCCGAAUACGACCCAAGUCCAGAUCAGGAUAAUCAUUCACGCAUCCAUCAUGCCUCGAUCCGACGAAGACGCCGGGCCGUCCACUGCCGAAGGCCAACGUCGUACUCAUACCAAGUCACGCAACGGCUGUGAGCCUUGCAAAAAGCGCCAUACGAAAUGCGAUGAGCUCAAACCUUGUUGUCUGCAGUGUCUUUCUCGAAAAAUAUCCGACCAAUGUCGGUACGUCAAGCCGGCCAAAGGCCGACCGCGUGGCAAGGCCGCCCAGAAGAACUCUGCUUCCCAAAGUCCAGCCGGACCGUCGGCUCCGAUGAUAGAGCUCUCUCCGCCGCCCGCAACCUUCCAUGACUUUCACAUUUGCAGUCCGCAACACAUGGCCGUCCAUUCUUCAGUCGAGAAACCUAACUCCUCCUCACCACCUCACGCGAACUAUAUCCAGAAUCUCGCAGACAUGGGUGCCAUAGAGAGGUCUACGUCCUCGCCAUCGACUGCGAGUGACCUCUGGACGGACGAAUUCCGCGUGAAUGAAGUCCACAUGCAAUUACUGCAAGAUAUUGUUUCACCCCAAGGCCCGCGACCACUCGGGAAAUCAAUACCCAUAGACUUCCGCUCUGAGAUGGUUCAGCUUGCGUUCAAAUUCCCCUUUCUCAUGCACGCCCUGCUGGGACAUGCCGCCCUGCAUCUCGGAGCGGUUGAUCCGAGCCAGCGGAAAUCGUGGGAUCUGCAAGCCGUCGGUUUCCAAACCACAUCCGUUUCCCUAUUCAACAACGAUCGACGUCAUGAAACAAAUCCAGGCACAGACCUGGAGUACAACUUCGCGGCGUAUCUCUUCUCGACCUUCAUCAGCAAACACGUGCUCUACCAUUUGCUCGAUGCGCCUACCGACGACCUCGGCAGCAUUCUCGAAGGUUUCGCGGGCUUCAUAAGAUUACAACUAGGCGUUCCUCUGCUUCUUGGCAAAGGAUGGGAGCAUUCCAAACCCGGAGUGUGCACAAUCCGCGAUAUGCUACAAUCGUACACCGACGCUGUUGCUCGUUUGGAGGCCGCAGACAUGGCCAGCCCUCUCCUCCCUCUAUACGACAUGCUAGAAAAAAGCGGCCUCGAUCCCGACACACACGCGAUCUACCAAUCUGCUGUACGACUCCUCAACUUAUGCUACACGGCGGACGAGGAGGAAAUCUCCAGCAUCGCAGUGUUCGUCUGGCCUACCCGCAUCAACGCACGUUUCGCUGCGGACCUCAGUUCUGAACGGAAGCCAGAGGCGUUGGUCAUACUGGCGUACUACGCGGCCAUCCUACACCGCCACCGGAAUACAUAGCUCUUCGGAGCCGGAGGCGGCUUCGUAGUGGAGGCCAUUGCGAGAUAUCUGGGGCUUAGGUAUGUGAAAUGGAUGCAGUUCCCACUGGAGCAGGUAUGUGGAGGCGACUUGGCGUUUCAUUACUAGCUAGAUUUGCGUCCGGGCUCUUGGAAGUGCAGGCAUGCAUUAGAGGCGCAUUGCUUUUUGAUACUCCUCAUCGCCACCAUCCGGCGCUUAGAGUUGGACUCCACAUUUUCUAUAACGAUGAUAUGACUCUCCCAACCAGAA